UAUACUCUUAAAAAUGUGUUUGUCUUUCAGAAAUGAUUUUCUAUAUGGGUAAAUAUCAAUGCAUUAAUUUUGCCAGAGUAGGUUUGGGGUGUUCUUUAAAUAAGUUUUCUUUUAAAUACUAUAGCCUUUUUAAUACAAUUCCUCCACUGACCAAACUUUCAUUUGCUUGCCCUUGCAGUGUAACUUUGUGCCCAAAUUUAUCCACAUUUGAUCCAAGAUUUGUGCACACAUCAUCUGCCAUCAUGAGUAGUACUUCUGUACCUCCUCCUGCUUUGAAAACCAAAGGAAUUGAAAAAAGUGUCUGGGUGGAAUUUAUCCAACUUGCUUUAGAAGCCAAACCACUUAAUUUGGGUCAAGGAUUUCCUGACUUUGCUGCUCCUAACAAUGUCCGCAAAGCUCUGUCCAAGGUCUGCAUGGAUGCUGAGAAUGUGCUUCUGAAUCAGUACACUAGAGGCUAUGGUCAUCCACGCCUUGUCAAUGCACUCAGCAAGCUUUACACCCAAGAGAUGGGCCGGCCUAUUGAUGCCAUGAAUGAGGUCUUGGUGACUGCUGGUGCUUAUGAAUCUCUUUUUGUGGCUAUCAUGGGACUUGUCAACCCUGGCGAUGAAGUUGUCAUCAUUGAACCUUUCUUUGACUGCUACCAACCGCAAGUGAAGAUGGCAGGUGGCGUCCCAGUCUUCGUUCCUCUAAGACCUUCUAAAGUUGGAGGCGUGACAUCAUCUGCUGACUGGAAGCUCGACCCAGCUGAGCUAGCAGCUGCCUUCUCAAGCAAGACUAAGGCCAUCGUAGUGAAUACUCCUAAUAAUCCUCUUGGCAAGGUUUUUAGCCGAGCUGAACUAGAAAUGAUUGGCGAUCUUUGCAAGAAGCACAACGCCAUUGCCAUCAUGGAUGAGGUGUACGAGUGGAUGACUUUCACUGGCGAAGAGCAUGUCAGGAUGGCAACACUGCCUGGGAUGUGGGAACGCACCAUCACCAUCGGGUCUGCAGGCAAGACAUUCUCUGUGACCGGCUGGAAAAUUGGCUGGACCAUUGGACCUUCGAACCUCUUGGCGGGACCUAAAGUCGUCCACCAACAUUCAGUGUACACCUGCACCACGCCAGUACAGGAAGCUGUCGCGAUUGGCUUCGAGGAGGAGAUCGGGCGUCGAGACUCGCCGGAUUGCUACUUCAAGUCCCUGCCAGCAGAGUUGGAGGGCAAGCGCGACCUCAUGAUUUCGAUCCUGCAAGACAGCGGCCUGCACCCCAUCGUGCCACAGGGCGGUUAUUUCAUACUAGCUGAUGUGCGGGACAUCAUGACCAAGGUGGAGGUUGGCGGGGAUCCCAAUGAACCCAAAGACUUCCGCUUCGUCAAGUGGCUAUCUAGGAGCCGCAAGCUGCAGGGCAUUCCUCCUUCUGCUUUCUUCUCCGACGAGCAUAAAAGCAUCGGGGAAGACUACAUUAGGUUCUGCUUCAUAAAGGAGGAUUCCAAUCUCCUGAAGGCUGGUGAAAUCCUGAAGAAGCUCAAGGAAGACCUUGCCGCCAAACUCUGAUUGCCUUUCAAGCGUUCAUAUCUAUUAAAUUUGUGAACUACUGUCAAUUGGUUAACUGCUGCACUUGCUAUACGCGUUUAUGGUAGCUCAAUCAGUUAAUUUAUUGAAGCUCUUCUCGCAACAACACGCCUGUGAUAUGGAGAGUAUUUUCCAUGCAAUUGUAAAUGACAAUUCGAUAUAGAAAAAUUUGUAUUUUUAUGAAACUCUAAUAAGAUCCCAUGAAAUAUUUACAUUGUUGCAAUUUUCUCAUCCUGUUUAUUUCUAUACUCCCGUCAUUGCAAAGUACAUGUUUUUCUGAAUUGCUAAAAAAGUUUGCCAGUAUUUCUUACCCUAUCUUCCAAAUCACCCCGUCAAGGGAGACUUCUUACGUAUGUCUGUCUCGACUGUCUGUGGUCUUUAGUCGGUCUGUCUGUCUGUGCUACGGGAUUUCGUGUUCUUAGGG